CGUACAGAAGAAAGGCUUUUCAAGUUUCCCCCUUUUUCCACUGCCGCGCAUAAUUUAUGGAAACUCCACCGUCUCCGCCGCAGCCGCCAAUUGAGGCCGACGUCGCCUCCGCCGCGAAACCAAACUUCGGUGAUUGCAAUAUGACUCUGAAGGAGAACCAUACCGGACAAAACUCCACGUCGAAUGUCAUAGUUAUCAAGAAAAAGAUGAAGAAUAAAAAGAAGAGGAAGGACGUACAAAAAUCUCACGUCGACGUCUCUUCUGAUCAUCCACAACGAUCUUUGAAUGCGUCUUCAUCUUCUUCUUCAUCUAUUGCUACUUCUAAUUUAUUGCAUCCAAGAUCGAAAGGCAUUCGUCUCUCCAGUAAUCGUAGAAACCCUAGAGUCUCUAGCGGACCCGUUUCGCGAAGACAGAUUGGCAGCGAAGCAGACGCGCUUGCUCUUCCUCUUGGAAUGUCGAUCGCGGCUUUUGUUGCUCAGGUGUUGGAAAGGAAAGAUGCAACUGGUGAAAAGAUGUCUGCAGAUUAUCUCUCUCAGAUAUGCACUUUGGCGGUUAAAGAGUCGUUGUUCAAUGUUUUUGGCGACAAAUUUGACUGCUUUGUGAGCAACUUUGAGAGAUCUUUUCAGAGCACCUUGAUGACACUCAGAGUAAUCAGUGAAUCAUCGAGAAACAAGGAAGAAAGGCCAUAUCACAAUGGGGAAGGCAGUUCAACCUGCGGUUCUGGUGGAAAUGAUUUUAAUUUCGAUACGGAAGGGAACAGAUCCACGUGCCAAGACCAAACCACCAUUGUUGGUGAAGAUGAAGAAAUUGUGCAUCGAGAUCCUGUUUCUCGUGAGCUUGCGGUUCUUGAUGACUCGAGAUACGUUCAACAGUUGGCUUGCAUUGCUCCAAACCAACUGCAUUCUGGAGGUAACCAGUCCAUGCUUAGCACCCUUGAAAGAUCUGUAAGUGAACAAACACGAUCGAAUGAUCUCAAGGCGUUUGAAAUCAGUCUAAUUAUGAAAAAGAUGAAACUCAAAGAAGCACAGAUAGCCGUUGAUUGUGAUUCGAAUUAUUUGGAGAGGUUUAAGUUAUCCAUGGGCAUUUCAAAAGCCAACUUUAGAGCUGAAAAGUUCAAAACGGAAUUAGAAGACUCGAGGCAUGCGCAGCUGCUUAAAAAGUGUGUCGAUUGUCUCGUUGCUGGUUUGCUGAUUAUGUUGGCUUGUCUUGCUUAUGGAACUUACAUUCAUUCCCAUCAAAGGCUCAUUGAAGCUACCGAAUCAUGUAUGCCCGUCAAGGAAUCAAGUUCUUGGUGGAUUCCAAAACCGAUGGCAUCUUUCAGUUCAGGGUUCCAGAUCCUGCAGUGCCAAGUUCAAGUCAUAAGCCGUAUGCUAUUCGGCGUGUUGAUGAUCAUUGUAAUCACGUUUCUGCUCAUUAAACGCUCGGGAACCACGAAUCAAACAAUGCCAGUUACGUUCAUACUUCUGCUACUGGGUGUCGGCUGCGGUUUUGCAGGAAAGUUUUGCAUCGAUACAUUGGGAGGCAGCGGAAACCAUUGGCUCGUUUACUGGGAAGUUCUUUGCUUGGUACAUUUUUUCGCGAAUGUUUGUACCUCAAUGUUGUUCUUUAUUCUUCAUGGACCCGUUACAGUGACCGAAAGGUCCGUGAGCAGUAAGUUAUUCCCGUAUUGGUUUAGACGGUUUGUGUUCUAUGCCAUGGUGUUGGUGUGGCUACCUUUGCUCUGUGGUUUGAUUCCGUUCGCUGGGCCUGGCGAGUGGCUUGAACAUUUUGGUUCGUUGAUCGAGAGUCGUGUGUCUUGAUGAACGCUUACGUUUGUAAAAUCGCUAAACGUCCAAGCUUUGUUCUAUUUAUGUCCGAUGAUUGGUUUUUGGAAGGUUUGUAAAUGUUAAACGGUCAACAACUGAUAUAUAAAUGAGAUGUUAAAGAGUUGGGGACUGUUUACCUAACGUUUACUAUGUAUCAUCACAUCU